AUGAAUAGCCUGUAUAAAAAGGGCGACAUUAUCUUAGGAGGCAUAUUUGAAAUAAGUGUUAAAAUAAUCCCACCAGAUUUUUCUUUCAGAGCAAAGCCUGAACAGUGGAAGUGUGAUGGCUUUGAUGUCUCCAUAUUUCAAAGGGCACAAGCAAUGGUUUUUGCUAUUGAGGAAAUAAACAGAAAUGAAACUCUUCUGCCGAAUAUAACUUUAGGAUACCGACUGUACGACAACUGCCAAAAGAUGCCAAUGGCACUGAGAGCUGCCACUGCCCUUUUUGCUGGAGAGAGUGAGGCCAUGGAGGCUUCUGACUGCUAUGGAUCUCCUCCUGUUCUUGCAAUUGUUGGGGACCCUGCAUCAACACAUUCUAUUGCAAUAUCACGGAUAGUGGGUUUGUUCCGGAUGCCUAUGGUCAGUUAUUAUGCAACAUGUUCCUGCUUAAGCAACAAACUAGAGUUUCCAUCAUUCUUUAGAACUGUUCCAAGUGAUACCUUUCAGAUCAAAGCUAUGAUUCGAAUUCUUAAACAUUACAAGUGGACCUGGGUAGGGGCUCUAGCAAGUGAUGAUGAUUAUGGACAAAAUGCAGUAAAGUUAUUAAUUGAAGAAGUUAAAACAUUUGGAUGCAUUUCUUUCUCAGAAACCAUUCCUAAAUUAGUAACAAAAUCAAAGGUGCUGCAAAUAGUGGAUAAAAUAAAACAAUCAACUGCAAAAGUGAUUGUUGUUUUAUCAUCCAGAGUUGAUUUUACUCCUGUGGUAAUGGAGCUGGUCAGGCAAAACAUCACGGGGAGGCAAUGGAUUGCAAGUGAGGCAUGGGCUACCUCUAUGGCCUUGGCCACUAAAGAAGUCUUUGCCUGUUUAGGGGGGACAAUUGGAGUUGCAAUACGUAGAGGAGAAAUCCCAGGAUUCCAAAACUUUCUUCUUCAGGCGCAUCCUGAAGUUAAUCCAAAUAAAAGGUUGCUCAUUCAAUUCUGGGAAACAAUGUUUGGAUGCAAGUUUCAGAAAAUCAUUCAAGGACAAAAUGUGUCUGUUGAUCAUCCGAUAUGUACAGGAUAUGAGAAUAUUAGCAGCACUAAAACUGGAUACAGUGAUGUAUCACAAUUACGUACCUCUUAUAACAUUUAUAAGGCAGUGUAUGCAUUGGCACAUGCACUUCAUAAUUUGAUAUCUUGUGAAAGUGGAAAAGGACCCUUUGACAAUGCAUGUGCAAAUAUUACAAGUGUACAGCCCUGGCAGAAAGUUAACUUCAGUAAUCAUUUGGGAGAAAGAAUAAUGUUUGAUGAAAAUGGAGAUCCUCCAGCAAUCUAUGACAUAAUGAGCUGGCAAAUGGAUGAACAUGGUGAAGUCAGAGUGAAAACUGUUGGUCUUUUUGAUGAAUCAGCUGGUGCUGGGAAUGAUCUUUUGUUGAAAGAGGAUGAAAUAUUUUGGAAGUUUGGGAUGGUUCCAGAAUCUGUAUGCAGUAAAAGCUGUCAGCAAGGCACAAGAAAAGCUACAAGAAAAGGAGAACCUGUCUGUUGUUUUGACUGUGUGCCUUGCGAUGAUGGAGAGAUCAGCAGUGAGACUGAUUCCAUUGUAUGUCUCAAGUGUCCAGAGGAUUUUUGGUCAAAUUUGGAUAAAACACAGUGUGUUGCAAAAGCAAUUGAAUUCCUUUCUUAUGGAGACCCAAUGGGAAUUACCUUAACAACAGUUUCAUUAUUUGGAGUUUGCUUAUCAAUCUGCGUUUUAGUGGUUUUCAUCUUAUACAGGAACACUCCUGUAGUAAAAGCCAACAAUUCUGAACUAAGUUUUCUUUUGCUGGUAUCCUUAACAUUUUGCUUUCUAUGCGCCUUAUGUUUUAUUGGACAGCCCACCGAUUUAACUUGCAUACUGAGGCACAUAAUAUUUGGAAUCAGUUUUGUUUUGUGUGUUUCUUGCAUUCUUGUGAAAACAAUUGUGGUGAUAGUGGCAUUCAAAGCCACUCUUCCUGGUAACAACUUGAUGAAGUGGUUUGGUGUUUCUCAGCAGAGAGGCACCAUAUUUCUGUUCACACUAAUUCAGUCAAUAAUAUGUAUCAUAUGGCUGUCCACUGCACCUCCAAGUCCAGUGAAAAAUACAAAAUAUCAAAAUGAAAAAAUUAUAUUUGAAUGUGAUAAUGGCUCUAUAGUAGGGUUUAGCUCUGUAUUGGGUUACAUUGGGCUAUUAGCAUGUACUUGUUUUGCAAUAGCGUUCCUUGCAAGAAAUCUACCAGACACAUUUAAUGAAGCCAAGUUCAUAACAUUUAGCAUGCUGCUUUUUUGUGCAGUUUGGAUAAGUUUUAUCCCUGCUUACAUCAGUUCUCCAGGAAAGUAUACUGUAGCUGUUGAGAUAUUUGCUAUCUUGGCCUCAAGCUUUGGUGUGCUUUUUGCCAUAUUUAGUCCAAAAUGUUUUAUUAUUUUACUGAAGCCAGAGUUAAAUAAUAAAAAGUCGCUGAUGGGAAAACUAGCCUCUAAGUAAAUUGGCACUGUGUCAGGCCAUCUAAUAUAGAAACACUGAAAAAUGAGUUUCUGUAAAUUCAAAAAAACUAAUAAAGCCUACUUCUAAUAGUAAUUUGCUUCAUAUUUUAUAUUUUAAAGCACUCAAACUUUUACUUUGAAAAUGCAUCCCACUUUCAAAUGUGCAAAUCAUAGAAUAAACAGGAAAGGACUUUAGGUGCCCAUGAGGAAGGACAGGCUUCCCAGUUGGGAUGGAGGAGGAUUAUUUUCCUGGACAGUAGGCCAUAAUGGGGGAAAGGCGGGCACAUCAACUGGACGAGGAAACAACUUCUUGCCCGGCUGGAAUCAUAUAAAAGACAGACCGGCUAAAGCUAGAGACCAGGAGCAGUUCCAUCCCCCAUAUGACAGGUGGCAGUGGUUUUCUCGAGAUGUCCCAGUUUGGACACCCACAAGGGUACAUGGGAAUUGGAGUCUGUAAAUGUAGCCCUAUCAGAGACACUGGGUGCUGUUAGAGGCCACUUUCUGGGGAGGACUUCCCUGGUCUCUAUAUGACCCAGAAGUGCUUUGAACAGGACACACUGUAGCACUGGAGGCAUUCCCAGGUCCAGCUUGGAGGAAGUAAGAAGACAGAGAAAAGAGUAUUGUUUUUUGUACUUGUGCAUUUGGGUUGUGUUUAUUA